CGCGCUGCCACGCCACGCUCGUUUGCCCCUUCCCAAAGUGGUUCCGUAUGUGCUCGACGGAAGACCGAUGACCUCCGCUGCUGCCCCUUCUGCCGCCGAACUGGAGGACCAAUACCGCUCAUGGCUCCAGGCAACUCUGUCACCAGACGGGCGGGCAUUCAUGGAGAAGAGACGCGCCUUUGUCAACGUGAACAAGCUCAAAGAGGCUGCAUCGGAGGCUCUGAGGGAUACGUGCACCGGGGUGUACUUUGUUGGACAGGGCGGGUUCAACCUGAUAUACAUCCUCACCUUCGAACACGUGCCUCACGUCGUAGCCCGCGUGAAUGGAGCCUACCACGAACAAGAUAAGGAGCAAACCGACGAGCUGGUCGCUCAUAGGAUCUCAUCCGAGGCAGCAACGCUCGGGUACGUACGCCGACACACCACCAUUCCAGUAGCGAAGGUCUUCGCCGUGCAGACAGACCCACGGAACCCGGUAAACGCGCGCUACACUCUCCAAGAACGGAUCUUCGGCCGCAGCCUCCUCGACAUCUGGCAUACACUCACCGCACCUCAACGCACCGCGGUCAUAUCUCAAAUCGCCCAGAUCGAAUCCAAGCUGCACCAGACCCGUUUCCCCGCCAUCGGAAGUCUUCGAAAACAAGCGGACGGCGAGAUUUCGGUCGGCCCACUCGGCCUUUCCUGCACGCAUGCCUACCAUUUGCGCCGCGACCGCGGCCCGUGGACCUCCUCGAUGGACUGGCUUAGGGCGUACACAGUAGCCGAGCUGGACUUGCUAGAGAGCGCCCCAGACGAAUGGGCCGCCCUCCGCCGACGUGCACGUCUGCACAACGGCGACGCAGAGACUGGAGCGGAGCCCUGCACGCACCUCGCCUAUUUUCGAACGUAUUUCCGCCUUCUUCUCGACGCGCUAGAUACCCUGGCGGCGGUGCUACCCAAAGAAGAGUAUGAUCCUCCGCAGAUGCCGUUCGUCCUCUUCCACGAGGAUCUCUCGAUGUCCAACAUCAUGGUCGCGUACGACGACCCCGCCCGCGUCGUUGGCGUCGUCGAUUGGGAGGGCGCGUGCGUGGUGCCGCUCUGGGCAUGCUUUGGCGAGGACCAUCUCCUCGAUGCCGACGAUGACGAUGAUGCCGUGGUGUCUCUGCGCCUGGCACGGGACCGCAUACACGAGGAAAUGGAGCCGAAAGUCACCAAGGCGAAGGCACCCAGGUUCCCAUUGCAUCAUCUGUAUUUCGUCGUCUCGUCCUGGGGGUCGAUGGCGUGGAGCAUCGAGACAUCAUGGGAUUGUGUUAGGACAAUGCUCGCCCAGUGUCCCGAGAAGUACGCGCUGCCAUUCGGCAAGCUGCUUCAGUUCAUAGAUUCUUGCCAGAUUCAUGCAUUGGGAUAACAUUUUGAGUGUUGUUUAUGUGGCUCAUGAAUGCCAAAACCACCUUCGGCAUUAAGGGUCACAGUCUAUAUCAGUGCCACAAGAGGGUAGUUACUCGAGCCAGACAGAAUUGUGCAUCGAAAUUGCAUCUCAUAAGGUAUUAGUUGAGAUAUGUCCGAACGUAAUGCGUGGUUGCUUGUUGGGCAUGUCAAGACCAAGGGCCAGGUGGGUGUUGAGAUUGCCACAAUGCAUCGG